UGUAGUUACUGGAAACUCAACCAGAGAUUGAAGUGUUUCGAAACAUCUGAUAAAAAGGGUAUCAACAGUAUGGGAAAAUACAGCAGUGACGAGGAGAACAGCGACGACGGAGAGCGGACUCGUGUCUACAUCGGCGAGAUCAACUCUGAGAUCUCCCGAACCGACCUGGAGAAGGCCUUCAAGAAGUUUGGCCCACUCUUUGAGGUGUGGCUGGCGCGCUACCCACCGCUGUUUGCCUUCGUCGUCUUCCAGAGGAAGAAGGAUGCAGAGGACGCCGUCCGGGAAAUGAAUGGAGAGACGAUGCGCGGUGCCCGGUUGCAGGUCAACCUCGCUCGUCCCCGCAACCGCAGCCGUGGGGGGUUUAGCAGGUCCACCUUCCGCGACCCGGACAUCCGCUGCUACCAGUGCCAAGAGCGGGGCCACAUCGCCCGGCACUGCACGCGCUUCACGUCAGGCUACCGUCGGCACUUCAGCAGGUCACGUUCCCGAUCCCGUUCACCACGUCGCCGGAGUCGCCGCAGCAGCAGUGGGGAAAGAACUAGAAAGCGGAGCCAAUCGCAUUCUCGAAGCCGUAGCCGUGACAGAGAACGCCGAAGGAGCCGCACCGAACAGGGAGCAUCUUAGUCCAGAUAGCGAGACAGGAUCGGUCUCCCAUCGCGUCAACCUCACUGAAAGAAACAUCCUUUUGGCCCGGGGAUACUUCAUAGAACAGCUCCAUCGCCAAGAUAU